UUGUUGUGUGGCUGCGUGUCACAAUUGCUACCCCCCAAUCGUGAGCAACAAGGAUUUUCAAUAGAAAUCGUCAAGGGCAACGAAAAUAUAGAGUUAAACUUAGCUGAGAUAAAGUCAGCACAAUAGUAGACAUGGCGGAGGAAGUCAUUGGCAGCGUGAAAAAGGCAAUUCAGGGCAUAUUAGAGAAUGUGAAUGCAAGUGCGAAAAAUGAAACAAUUACAAACGAAAAGAAGCCAUCCACGCCAGAAGGCAUCGCCGUGGCGUAUAGCAGCCUGGUCAUAAUGGCCAUGCUGCCCAUUAUUUUCGGUUCCAUACGCUCGGUUAAACUGCAUAAACUGAAAAAGUCGACAGGCGAGAAGGCAGACACAAUGACCAAGAAGGAUGCCAUGUACUUUCCACUUAUCGCAUCUGUGGCACUCUUUGGCCUGUACAUGUUCUUUCAGAUCUUUCAGAAAGUUCACAUCAACUUGUUGCUAACCGGCUACUUCUUUGUGCUGGGAGUUAUUGCGUUGGCCCACCUGCUCAGCCCAGUUGUCAACUCGUUGAUGCCAGCUGCUGUGCCCAAAAUACCAUUCCACAUACACUUCACCAAGGGCGAAGGUAAGCACAAGGAGGACAUCAUCAACUACAAGUUCUCCACGCACGACAUCAUCUGCCUAAUGAUCUCAUCGGCAAUCGGCGUUUGGUAUCUAUUGAAGAAGCACUGGAUUGCUAAUAAUAUGUUCGGUUUGGCUUUCGCCAUCAACGGCGUUGAGAUGUUGCAUUUGAAUAACUUUGUAACUGGUGUUAUAUUGCUGAGUGGACUCUUCUUCUACGACAUCUUCUGGGUAUUUGGUACCAAUGUCAUGGUCACUGUGGCCAAGAGCUUUGAGGCGCCCAUCAAGCUAGUGUUUCCCCAAGACAUUCUCGACAAUGGCUUCAACGCCUCGAACUUUGCCAUGUUGGGUCUUGGCGAUAUCGUUAUUCCGGGCAUCUUUAUUGCCCUGCUGCUGCGAUUCGAUGACAGCAAAAAGCGCAAGACGCGCAUCUACUUCUAUUCUACGUUAACUGCCUACUUUAUGGGUCUCUUGGCUACGAUCUUUGUGAUGCACGUCUUCAAGCAUGCGCAGCCGGCGCUGCUCUACCUAGUGCCCGCCUGCAUGGGCACCCCGCUGCUGGUGGCCCUGGUCAGAGGCGAGCUGAAGGUGCUCUUUGCUUAUGAAGAUCAUCCUGAGGAGAAGCCGGAAAAGAAAGAGAAAAAGGAGAAAGACGAGAGUGGCAGCAGCAGCAGCAGUAAGAAGAAAGAUUCCAAAAAAGCAAAAUAAUUCAUUAAAUGAAUUCCCUGCUUUUCUUUCCCUCUCUUUUCCCUUUUACAAAAUUGCUUACAAGUCUUCUAUUUUUAACGAGUAACAAGUUAUAAGCACAUCGUAAAUUGUAUACUUCGCGAUUGAGUUUCUAUUUUAGCGUCCUUUAAUGCAAAUUUCCAUCA